GUGGCCGCUCAGACCUCACACUCAGGAAGCUUUUGUGGAAACUUGAGGACAUGCUGCGUCUUCACGCAGACCAAAACUUUGUGCGACCUGAAGAAAGAGCCGAGGAGUGGAGAAUGAAGUGAAGAGUAGCGGAGAGGAAGAGGAGAGGAGGAGGAGAAGAACAGCCGUUCACUCUCAUUGAUCCGAUAUCGAGGGCUGGUGCAGUAAAGAUGCGGGUUGCUGCCGUGGCUCUGACCGCGCUGAGUGUUUUCAUCAGCCUGGGCCGCCUGUCUGCUCACCGGGCCAAACCAAACCAGACACAGAACCACAACGACACAAAAACUCCCAAUCAAGAGACAGAACCCAAGACCAAGAACCAGCCGCACAUCAUCUUUAUCCUCACAGACGACCAGGGCUUCAACGACAUCGGCUACCACAACCCGACCAUCAAGACUCCCACUCUGGACAAGCUGGCGGCGGAGGGCGUGACGCUGGAGAACUACUACGUUCAGCCCAUCUGCACGCCGUCCCGCAGCCAGCUCCUCACCGGCAGAUAUCAGAUCCACACAGGACUCCAGCACUCCAUUAUCAGACCCAGCCAGCCGAGCUGUCUGCCUGCACACAUGGACACUCUGCCUGAGAGGCUGCGCCAGGCCGGCUACACCACACACAUGGUCGGCAAAUGGCACCUGGGCUUCUACAGGAAGGCAUGUCUGCCCACCAGAAAGGGUUUUGACAGUUUCUUUGGUUCUCUAACAGGAAGUGUGGAUUACUACAGUUAUGGAUCCUGUGAUGGCCCGGGCCUUUGUGGGUAUGAUCUCCAUGACGACGAGGGCGUGGCGUGGGGCCAGGAAGGGAAAUACUCCACCACGCUGUUCACGCAGAGAGCUCGCAAGAUCCUGGAGAGUCACAAGCCCACGGACAGGCCGCUCUUCCUGCUGCUCUCCCUCCAGGCAGUUCACACUCCUCUCCAGAUCCCCAAGUCCUACAUCUACCCGUACCGCGGCAUGGCCAACGUUGCCCGGAGGAAGUUUGCCGCCAUGGUGUCCACGGUGGACGAGGCGGUCCGUAACGUCACCUACGCUCUGAGAAAGUACGGAUACUACCGGAACAGCGUUAUCAUCUUCUCCACCGACAACGGCGCCCAGCCCUUCACCGGAGGGAGCAACUGGCCGCUCCGAGGUCGAAAGGGUACGUAUUGGGAAGGUGGAGUCCGUGGCGUGGCGUUUGUUCACAGCCCCCUGUUGAGACGCAGGAGACGGGUUUCCAAAGCUCUGCUCCACAUCACCGACUGGUUCCCCACACUGGUGGGCCUGGCCGGGGGAAACACCAGCCAGAGUCCCGGCCUGGAUGGUUUCGAUGUUUGGCCCACCAUCAGCGAGGGGAAGGAGUCACCUCGUCAGGAGAUCCUUCACAACAUCGACCCUCUGCACAAACCCCCCGCUCACACCAUGAAGUGGGACGUCAGCCCAGAGCAGCCAUCAGGCAAACCCAAACGCCCAAAGAAGCCAAAGAAGAAGAAGAUCCUGAAGCAGAAACCAAAGCAGAAGGCAGCGUUCAGGUUGAAGACCACCAAGAAACCUCGGACGUUUUCCCAUCAUGCUGCUAAGCCUAAAGCCAAGCCCCUUCCUAAAGCCAAGCUUAAGCCCGUCCCGAAAUCCAAACUUAAACCCAAGACCAAAGUCUACCCUCAGAACCAGAGACCGUCCCAUUAUUAUCCACAUCUGAAGUCCCACUCCAGCAAGUCUCCGUCAGUGUCAGGAACAUCCCGCCCUAAAUCUCAGCCUCCCGUCCAAUCACGUGUCAAGUCAAAAUCCAGACGCAACACAUCCCAGAACCUGUCCCGGGCAAGAACACCUCGACCAAAAUCCAAGACAGAGCCCAAGCUACAUUUAAAGUCAAAGUCCAGGCGGACAUUACCCCAACACCAGAACAUGUCCCAGCCGGGGACGCUGCAGCCAAACCCCCGUCCCACUCUCCAGCUCGGUCUCCAGCCGGUGUGGGACGCGUCGGUCCAGGCGGCCAUCAGAGUCGGAGAAUGGAAGCUGCUGACAGGAGACCCAGGACACGGAGACUGGGUCCCCCCACAGGUACUUCCCACUCUCCCGGGACGCUGGUGGAACCUGGAGCGCGCCGCCUCGGCGCUGCCCAAACCCUCCACCCUGAAAAACGUCUGGCUGUUCAACAUCACGGCCGACCCGUGCGAGCGCCGGGACCUGGCCGACCAGAGACCAGACGUGGUCCAGCGGCUGAUGGCCCGGCUCGCCCACUACAACCAAACCGCCGUGCCGGUUUAUUUCCCGCCCGACGACCCUCGAGCCGAUCCCAGCCGGCACAGGGGGGCCUGGGUGCCCUGGGUGCACGGAGACGAGGGCGAGGAGGGCAAGUACCACGGAGUGUACAAGAAAGGGAAGAACAAGAAGAAGAGGAAGAAGCCCAAGUGCCCACUGUGCAAGCUGCAGGCGUUCUUUCUGAAACUGAACACCAGGAUGAUGUCCAAUCGGAUCUGAGGCGUCGACUCCAGCCGUGAAACCAUUGUGUCAAAGACGUUGCAUCGUUGUUUUCCUAAAAACCAGGGAAAAGUGGUAGCCAGGGGAGUUAAUUCCACUAAACAUGUCCUUUCACUGGCUUCACUUUUCUACACGCUCCUCUAAAAAUCAAGUCCAACCAGUUUACGUACUGUCACAUAUCUCAUCUGAGGGGACACUGCCCAGAUCAGUAAGAACCUCAUGUGUAACAUUUUCUUUCACUGACUUUUAAAGGUUCAGUUCCCUCAAACCAGAACAUGUUCUCUGACUUAUCCCUUGUGAUAUCUGGCCAUGCAGUAGGGCUGAACGAUUUGGGAAAAAAAAAAAAAAUAUCUGCCAGAUAUAGCCUUUUUCACAGUAGACAUGUCUACAUGUCAUAGUAGGAAAAGCACAGGUGUAUUCAAAACCAUUACUGAUGGCUGCAUUCCACUUAGGAGA